AUGUCACUAUCGCCUUUGACACCUUGUGCUAGCCCCCCUGCUGAAACCUUUUCGUCCUUGAAGAGGCGCAUCGCUAUGUUAGAGGAGCAAAAUGCUGAACUCAGUAUGCCUGCGGAAAGGAAGAGCCAGGUUCCUGAAGGGCGUGUUAUUCGAAGGCUUGUGUGUCUUAUAGACUCCAUUGAAGACCUGGUUGCAGAAUUUGACCGGCGUGUCACACUUGAUAUUACUGACGACUCUGAUGCUGGAUCCUUUGAAUCCUCCGCAAUAGAAAACAGACGGUACAGGUCCUAUAAGAAGCUGGUGAUUUGGUGCCCAUCAGUGCAAAAAUUCAUGCAGUCCUCAGCCGACAUCUCUGAGCUGGCUAGCGAGUAUAGCAAGCUUAAUCGGAGUGCUGAUGCAGCGAGAGGGGAUGAUACAACCAGCCUUAAGUUCGCUGUGGCUUCGUGGUUGAUGCAGGCCAGCCCGACUCCAAACCCUGUCAUUUCACACCGUGACAAAUCUUAUCGUGGAUUUUACCAUGACGUAACUGGAAAACUGCUAUGCCCCGUCGAUUACGACUGGAAUGAUACUAUUGUGCGAGAGGCCAUUCGGAACUGCCACCCUGACUACCGUGUGACGUCUUACUCCUGGCCCUCGUACUUAUAUCAGGGUGGACACUAUGACCCAAAUAACCCUACGAAGGGCUUGUUCAAAGGCGAAGUGCUUGUGAAGGCAGUCAAGCACAUAUUCACGUCUCCCAGUUCAGCUGAUGAUCCACUGGGGUUCGCUUCUGUGCAGAAUCUCUCUAAGCGCCAGAGGACCACAGGCGAGAGGCGUACACGACAUGAUGUUGCGGGACUACUACGAAUGAAAUCAGUGCAACCCAGGGCCAUUGCGUACACAGCAGUUCAGCUACGGUUUGCGCUAUCCAGUGCUGGAUCAUGGCGCAUUGUGGAUGAUGACUUCGACCACGAAGAAUUUUAUCACAACGUGGUUGAUUACUUUGAGCUUUGUCCCUCACGGGAAGCAACGAAGGAGGUGGAAACUCUCCUAUUUUGGUGGAAUCAGAAAGUGUUUGGGCGCAGGAAUAUGUCAGAAUAUCGACCCCAGAACACCGAACGGCUGUCAGUGGCUAUGACGUCUACUGCCCGAUGA